CGUCAACCAACAUUCCCACCUGCAUAUCUCGAUCUACAGACUCACGUAGCUCAACAAAGCAACCCAUAAAUCGAUUUUUUAUUUGUAUUGAUUUUACGAGACACGCCUUUGUGAGACAGAGUUGAAACAGUGCUCAGCUCAUCAUCCAUACAUUCCCUCAGAGCGCACCCCGCGCCUUCGAAGCCGUACAACCACCACAGCUAUGGGCGACAACAGCGCCAGCUCCUCCGGCUCAGCCGACACAUCCACCUCCGACACUGUCCAGCACCCUGAACAAGAAAUUAACGUCCUCAUCACCGGCUUCGGCCCCUUCAAAGCCCAAUACCCCAUCAACCCCUCCUGGGAAAUCGCGCGCUCCCUCCCCUCAACCCUGCAUCUCCCGCCCUCACCCCACGCACCUGGCGGAACAAAGGUGAAUCUCCGCGUGCACCCGCGCGCAAUCCGCGUCGCAUACGCAGUCGUGGAAUCUGUAGUCCCAGGGCUAUGGGAGGGAGAAGACGGGUGGCGCCCUGAUUGGGGAGUGCAUAUCGGUAUGGCAGCCGGGCGGGAAUUCUACUGUCUCGAGAAGCGGGCUGCGGGGUUCGGGUAUAAGGUAGGGGAUGUGGAGGGGUGUUUACCUGACAAGGCGGGGACGGAAGGGGAUGUGUUGGAGCCGGGGAUUGAGGUUGAGGAUGUGGUGGGGGUGUGGAAGGGGAGGGUUGGGGGGGCGGAUGUGAGGGCUUCGGAGGAUGCGGGGAGGUAUCUUUGUGAGUAUAUUUUGCAUGAGAGUUUGGGGUUUUUGAGGGGGGGGGAGAGGGAGGGGAAGUGUCUGUUUUUGCAUGUUCCUGCUGGGGUGAACGAGGUGGAUGUGGAGAGGGGGAGGAGGGUUGUGUUGGGGCUUGUGGAGGCGGUGGUGGAGGUUGGAUGGGAGGGAGGGGCUAGAGAGCAAGGGGGUGGGGGGGAGAAGGAGGCUGUGAAGGGGUUUGUGGGUGGGGGAUCGGUGAGAGAGAGGGUGGGGUUGUGA